CUUGAGAACUUUGGGGAACUUUGAGGUUUUCAAUUCCACAUUCCAAAAGAAAAUUUCUAAAAGCAACAUUGUUUACACAAAUUGUGUAACACAAUCUUUUACUUUUAAAUAGACUUGUAACGUUUAAGUGUUUGGAAUAACAUGGAUUAUGAGUUCAAAGCGAAGACGGCCGCGGAAAGGGUCAAAGUUGAAGAUUGGUUCGACUACGAAGGAUGUAAAGUCGGUCGAGGGACUUAUGGACAUGUUUACAAAGCAAGAAGGAAAGAAGGGGUUGGACCUCCAACACUGGGAAGUCGUGGCGAGUUUAAGGAAUAUGCCCUCAAACAGAUCGAAGGAACUGGGCUUUCCAUGUCGGCUUGUCGUGAAAUUGCGCUCCUCCGUGAACUGAAACAUCCUAACGUGAUAAGCUUGCAACGAGUCUUCCUAUCUCACAACGAUCGGAAGGUGUGGCUUUUAUUCGACUAUGCGGAACACGAUCUUUGGCAUAUUAUCAAGUAUCAUCGGGCAGCAAAAGCAAGUAAAAAACCCGUCAUGGUUCCAAAAGCUAUGGUCAAGUCGUUACUAUAUCAGAUUUUGGACGGAAUUCAUUAUCUUCAUGCUAACUGGGUGUUACAUCGAGAUCUGAAACCUGCCAAUAUUCUCGUCAUGGGAGAUGGAAUUGAGAGAGGUCGGGUAAAAAUUGCCGAUAUGGGAUUCGCCCGUCUAUUCAAUUCUCCACUGAAACCACUGGCGGAUUUGGACCCUGUCGUAGUAACAUUUUGGUAUCGAGCCCCUGAACUCCUCUUGGGAGCUCGGCAUUAUACUAAGGCUAUCGAUAUUUGGGCCAUUGGUUGCAUUUUCGCCGAGUUAUUGACCAGCGAACCCAUCUUCCAUUGUCGUCAAGAAGACAUAAAAACCUCAAACCCAUACCAUCACGAUCAACUCGACAGAAUAUUCAACGUUAUGGGAUUUCCGCAAGAUAAAGAAUGGGAGGAUAUUCGAAGAAUGCCUGAACACAACACGUUACUUAAAGAUUUCAAGAGGACAAAUUAUCAAAAUUGUUCUCUAAUUAAGUACAUGGAUCGACAUAAGAUUAAGCCAGAGUCGAAAGCAUUUUGUCUGUUACAAAAGCUGCUACUGAUGGACCCAACAAAACGAAUAACGUCAGAAACUUCUCUUCAAGAUCCAUACUUUUCCGAGGAACCUUUACCAACAAAGGAUGUAUUUUCUGCGUGUCCAAUUCCCUAUCCAAAACGAGAGUUUUUGACAGAUGAUGAUCAAGUGAAAGAGGAGAAACCAGAAAACAAAAUGCAACAGCGACCUCCACAACAGUCUCAGGUUCAUCAACAAAGCCAACAACAGAUUCACCAGCAACAAAAUCCAGGUAAUGGUGGUCCUGAUGCGAAACGAGUCCGGCUAAACCAUCCAUCCGAGGGCCAUGCAAAUACUGGAGGUGGUUCUACUAAUUCAUCGGGUUACAAUAUUGGACAGAGCGGGGGUGGAGUACAUUCCUCAGGAAAUUCAAUGCAUGGAGUUAGCAUGCACUACCAACAACACCAAAGUCAAAAUCAACAACAGCAGCAGCAGCAACAACAACAGCAACAACAGCAAAGACAGCAAAAUAAUUAUGGACAACGUUUUUAAAAUAUAAUUUGUUUUUAGUUUUUUAAUUAUUGUUUUAUUUUUAUACAUAUAUAUGAAUGACAUACUGUUGGACUGGAAGUAAGGAACAAAAUAAAUUUUAAAAAUUAUCAAAGUUUAUCCAAAGAA